AUGAAAAAAAUAAUAAUGCAAAUUAUUUCUCAAAUUAAUAACAAAUAAACAAAUAAUAACAAUAAUGAGGAAUAAGCAUUUAUCCCCAUUAUUGCUUAAAAUAAUAAAGCUCCUUCACACUCUUAUAAUAAUGAAAGUGAAAACCAACAUAACAACUCUUCUCUUUCCUUUGACUUUGAAAUUGAAAAACAAAUAAAUCUUCAAAAAAUAGUUAAUUAUUUUGAGUAAACUGCUCAAUAAUAAGAUCUUUAAUAAUUAACUCCCCAUCCCACUUUUUCUUCAUAAAAACUUCCUUCAAUUUCAACCCUUGAUUAUUUAAAAAGAAUCCAAAAAUUUACUGAUUGCUCUAACGUGAAUUUCUUACUCGCACUUAUUUAUGUUUAGAGACUUAAGGAGGAAGUUGGGGAUUAAUUAUUGAAUUCAUAUACUCUUUUAAGAUUAGUUUUAUCUGCAUGCAUAAUCGCUAUGAAAUAUAAUAAUGACUAAAUCCUUAAUAAUGAAUAUUAUGCUAGAAUUGGGGGUGUUAAAAAACCUGAACUUGCUAAACUUGAGAAAAUUUUCUGUGAAUUAAUCAAUUUUAAGCUUUAUGUAAGUGAAGAAACAUUCCUUGACUAUGUUAAAAAAUACGGAUUUUGAAUAAAAUAAGAUAUUUUUUAAUUACUUUUAAUAAAUUUACUACUAAUAAUAAUAUAAGAAUACUUGAAAAAUAAGGAAUACUUUUUAAAAAAUUUAUUUCAAUAUUUAAUAAUUUAAUCUUUUAUUACUUUUUUUUUAAAAAAAAAAAAAUGAUUGUUUGAAAUAAUAAGAGAAAUAUAAUAGAAAAUAAGUGAAAAAAUAAAUCUACAUAAAAAUGUUGAAAAAACUGAAAGAAAUUCUUGAAUUCUGUUUUUAAAUAAAUAAAUAUUCAUUUGAAUAUUUUAUUUUGUUUCAUUCUUAAAAAUAUUUAUUUUGAAUUUAGAAAAAAGAAAAAAC